GGCAUCACCACUCCACCCCUAACCUAACGGCAGUCAUUACGAACAGCGGCAUACCAGCACACUAACUAACUGUACACCAUGCCGCUGCUUUGUUGGCCUUAAACUCCCCCAAAAACAACAUUUGUAGUUUAUAACCACUAUUUUCUUUCUACCAACUUGACAGCGGCACUUGUUUGCGAGGCUAGCCGCAGUGGGCUAGCGGGGCUAGCCAGCUAGCUAACGACACUUGGCUAUAAACUCCUGCUCGGCUGACGCCCCCCCAAGGCACCCCACUGGACUUCUCUACUUCUUCUCUGAUGUGUGCUUUUGUAGCUCCACAACCUGGCCGUGUAAGACGGCUCUUGAGCUCGUCUGAAGGACCUCACUCUCACUGUGACACCCGAUAACACACCUGUAGCUGCUCCUGCCCCUAACACCUUCUGGACAACACCCUCUCCCACCUCCUGUGAGACUACUAUGCCUCUGGGUUUGGGUAGAAGGAAGAAGGCGUCCCCCUUGGUGGAGAAUGAAGAAGCGGAGCCCAUCCGCGCCGGUCUCAACAUUCCUGGGAUGGAGGGCUUGGCGGACGGAGCGGGCGUGGUCGGUCUGGGAGAAGGCGCCGCCUCUGAGGGACUGCCUCCGCCGCCCAGCGGCAUGCGACCACGUCUCAUCUUCCACACGCAGCUGGCUCACGGCAGCCCCACCGGACGCAUCGAGGGCUUCAGCAACGUACGGGAGCUCUACUCCAAGAUCGGAGAAGCUUUCGGAAUCCCGCCAGCUGAGGUGAUGUUUUGCACAUUGAACACGCACAAGGUGGACAUGGACAAGCUACUUGGAGGCCAGAUUGGCUUAGAGGACUUUAUCUUUGCACACAUUAAAGGACAGCGGAAAGAAAUUGAAGUGUUCAAAGGGGAGGACGCGCUCGGCUUAACCAUCACAGACAACGGAGCUGGCUAUGCUUUCAUUAAGCGGAUCCGCGAGGGGAGCAUCAUUCACCAGAUUCAGGUCAUCAAUGUGGGCGACAUGAUCGAGUCCAUCAACGGCCAUCGCCUGAUUGGCUGCCGGCACUACGAGGUGGCCAAGAUGCUGAAAGAGUUGCCCAAGGGAAAGGACUUCACCAUCAAGCUAACGGAACCUCUCAAAGCCUUCGAUAUGAUUAGCCAGCGGUCCGGAGGGUCCAGGUCAUCAUCAGGGGUCCAGCUAGGCACCGGCAGGGGGACUUUGCGGCUGCGCUCCAAGGGUCCCGCAACUGUAGAGGAAUUGCCCUCUGCCUUUGAGGAGAAAGCCAUUGAGAAGGUGGACGACCUGCUGGAGAGCUACAUGGGCAUCAGGGACAGCGAGCUGGCGGCCACCAUGGUGGAGCUGGGCAAGGACAAAAAGAACCCCGAUGAGUUUGCCGAAGCAUUAGACGAGACCCUCGGAGACUUCGCCUUCCCGGACGAGUUUGUGUUCGACGUGUGGGGUGCCAUCGGCGAUGCAAAGGUGGGACGGGUGUGAGCGGAGGAUUAAUGGAGGCCAACAAAGCUGUGCGUGUGUCCACUACUUGCUGCACAGAAGGGUUUAUUUAGAUUCUAUAUACUGUGUACUUCUGCUGUUUAAGACUUCACUGACUAAUAUUUUCUCUCAGUGCCGGAAAGCAAGCUGCUUUUUUUUUUUUAUCUCGUCUUCCCGUGGUUCAACUGCAAGCCCGAGCCUCCCCUGCAUGUUGUUAUAAUUAUGGGAUGCUAACCCAAAGUUGCAUAGAUGUAACACUGCCUUCCCCCCGACAACUACUGCAGUGUCGUGCUGUCUUGACCCUCCACUCAAUGUUUUUACAAUGCAUGUGCAGUUCCAUUUUUUUAUAUUCAUUCUUACAAUGCAGUUGUUUUUUUUGCUGUCUUUUCUUUCUAAAGAAAAACAAGUGGGGUGUCAAAAAAGGUGGUAGUAAGUGUAGCUCGCUAAAAAAAAAAAGAACAUCACUGGUGUUUUUGUCCGCACAUUCCACGCUGUAAUGACUGCAGUGUUACUUUGAAAGACAGUGUUAUACAUACAGUAUAUAUAUAAAAAAAGUCACUUUUUUGUUGGCGUGGCUGUCAUGGAUGGAGAUGCAGUUUAUGCCAAUGCUUGUGCUGAGUUAAUUUUUUUUUUAAUUAUUAUUGUUAUUAAUGGCUAGUGUUUUUUAUAUAAAGUGAUGUGACCUCUAUUUGAAAGGAGAUUGUGUGUUUUGUAAACAUUACCGAGCUUUGUGGAAGCUAAGAGAAGUGUUACAAGAGGAUUGUGGUGCAUGACACAUCAACUACUACUGUCACUUUUUAGUGUGGGCGGGAUAUACAGUACCUUUUCCAAAUUCAAGUGUCAUAUUUGGCUAUUUUGUCUUAAAAUGUCUUCAUUCACACUUAAAGGAGCAUUGUCGACGUGACUUUGUGUGACGCUGUUUCCUGUUCAAUAACAAUGCUCUUCUAAUAAUAACCACUCUCUUUUCAUGUGCUGUGUGUUCCUGAACACUAUUGUUGUCACGGUGUGCACUAAAGUAUUGGGACAAGAUUUAAUGGCUGUUAAUAACUGCAGUUUUACUUCUGGUAACAGUAAUGUCACAGGCGUCUGUCUGUAUGGGACAAAAAAAGUUGAGAUCUAUUAAGUACACCGACAGAAGAUAAGCUUUUUAGAAGAAUUGAUGCACUGCUCUGGUGUGAAUUCAUACCUGCCAACUACUCCGGUUUUCCCGUAAUUAGUACGGUUUUCAUCAACCUAUUCCGGGUUACGGUUGCAGUGAUAAAAAAUACGGUUUUUCAUUAAUUAAAAAAAAAAAAGGGUGAAAACUACGCGAAUUGCACCAAGAUUUUUCGAUCGGACACGGAGGAAUUAGCGAUGUAAAAGACCACGUUGGGACAAAAAAACACAAGUCUAAUGCCGUUGCUAGCGAUACAAGUGGAAAACUUUCAACGUUUUUCGUCGCCCAAACAGAUUCUUUGGAUGUGAUAAAUGCCGAAGUUUUAUUUACGGAGGCAAUAAUUGAGCAUGGACUUCCAAUCGCACUGGCUGAUCACAUGGGACAGUUAAAUGUUUGUAAUGCAACCUUUUAAAAAUCAUUACGCGGUGAUCGCGGUCCCAAAAAUAAACUUUUCUUGCAUGAUAAUGUCCAGAAAAACUCACUUUAUAUUACUAUAGAGUCCUUUUAACGAAUGAGUUUGAUGGUUUAUCACAAACCUUAAAUGAAAGAAGUCCUUUGUUCUCCUGCACCAUGCAUGCGCUUUGGCCUUGCUUCGUGUUUGGUGCGCAAUCCUGUCGGCUGUAUUUCACAGCACGUCUUUGACAACUUGAAGUGGCAUAAAACAUUUAAAACAAAGGGGUUAUAGGAACAAUCACUUUCAGUGUUUUAUGCCACUUCAAGUUGUCAAAGACGGUAUGCUGGUGCCCGACUGCCACAAGUGGAACAAACAUUUGAAACAAAGGGGUUAUAGGAACAAUCACUUUCAGUGUUUUAUGCCACUUCAAGUAAACUUAUCAUAAAGUUACCAUAUCAUUUUUGCAGUAUGAUCAAUCUGAUAGAAUAAAUUUGGAUUUUAGCCACAAAAAGGUAAUGACACCAAUGUUAUCUAUUGGAAUUGUUUAGUACUGUUAUACUGUUAAAAGUGUUUAUACUAUUUAUGCUUUCAAGUGCAAGUUGAAGAAAUCUUGUUAAAUGUUGACAGCAUAACUACCAAAAUACAGAAGUAUGUCCUUAAUAUUUUUGCAAAGUUCAAAUGAUUACAUUAGAGAUGUGAUGUGCCACUUUUCAAGUGUCUGAUGGCUUCAAUUCAUUUUCAUUCAUUUUUCAUAUUUUGAAUUAUUUUGAAAGGCUUACAAAAAAACUACAUUUGAAUUGUAAUUCCAUGCUAUUGACAGGACUAUUAAUUUUAAUGAAGUUAGCUUACCAUGUUUACAGUAUGAUAAUUGUGAUAGAAAUGUGAAUUUUAGGCACAGAAUAUUUUUUACAAUUGAACAAGGCAGUAGAUUAUACAAGCUUGGACAAAAAGUUAAUAAUGACACCAAUUUUUUUUUUAAUGGAAUUGUUUAGUACUGUUUUACCAUUUGUUUACUGUAAAAAGUGUUUAUACUUUCAAUUAACAAAUUGAAGUCUUGUGAAAGGUUGACAGGAUAACUGGCAUUAACUGUCAAAAUAAUUUCAAACUAUUGAAGUUAGCUUACAGAAUAAACAUGUCAAUCAACCCAUAUGAUUUUUGCUGUAAUAUUUUUGUUUUGAAAAGUCACUGUGACUGAUAGAAAAGUGAUGGUUUUAGCAACAUUUUAACCUGUCUAAAUGCUAAUAAUCAUUUUGCGUCGGUGGGCGAAGCCUGAACCCCCCACCAGGACUUUGUCCUGGACCUACCGGGGCCUGCGGCCCCUGGACCCUGGCUACUAGGUUUUUCUGAUUUCAAAAGUUGGCAGGUAUGUGAAUUGCUCAUCAAAACAUCUUUCAGUACAAUACCAUCCUCACUCCCCACCUCACAGUGGCACAAUUUUAAAAAGUGUGUGGUAAAGUGUCCUCUUUGGGAGCCAAAACAUGUUCUAAAAUGUCCUCUUUGAAGCCAAAACGUGUGCUAACAUGCCCUCUUGGGAGCCAAAUCGCUUGCUAAUGACCCCUAUUAUGAUGCUAAGUGCCUUAGAAGCCAAAACGUGUGCUAAAGUGUCCUCUUGGGAGCCAAAACGUGUGGUAAAGUUUGCUUUUGGGAGCCAAAAUGUGUGCUAUAUUGGCACCCCUGCAUUUGUGUCAGAUAAGGCAGCACUUCUCUCAGAAAAUUGUGGACAAAUGCUUUGGUAUUCACAUGUUUAUUUUAGGGAUGUCCCGAUCCAGGUUUUUGCACUUCCGAUCCGAUAUUGUUUUUGCAUUUCCGAUCCGAUACCGAUACUGACCGAUACCGAUACUGACUGAUACUGGCCUAUCCGAGCAUGUAUUAAAGUUUAAAGUUAUUUAGCCUACUGAGUUGUCAGAAUCAUGUUGAAAAGGGUUUUAGUCAGAGGUGGGACCAAGUCAUUGUUUUGCAAGUCACAAGUAAGUCUUUGCCCUCAAGUCCGAGUCAAGUCCCGAGUCAAGACAGGCAAGCCCCGAGUCAAGUCCAAAGUCAAGACUGGAAAGUCUCAAGUCAAGUCCUAAGUCCUGCAUUUUGAGUUUCGAGUCCUUUCAAGUCCUUUUAACCACAGACUAAUAUAUUAACACAGAUUGUGUAUGCUUUUCAAACGCUGUAUUUAUUUAUUAAAACAAGUGCAUUUUAAAUUGCAGGAAAGAAAAUUGUGCUGACAUUGCACUUUAUAAUAGCACUAUUAACCAGUCAUUUUAAACAUGAACUCAUUCCUUUA